AUGCAUGUCCCUUCAGACUCCCCCCAUUCUGCUGACGAGGGCGCCCUCCACAUCCUGGUCACUGGAUAUGGCGUAAUGCAUUCUCUGAUGUCCCACACUUGGGUCACAAGUACGGUUACGACCAGGAGGAUGCGUUGCAUCGUAGCUGGAGAAACAGAUGGCAAAGAAGUGCGUGGCUUUGGUAAGGGUUACGAGGAGUACCCAGAAGAGCUCCUCACGCCUGUCAAUAGUGCAAAGCUCAUAGGACACUUGAAAGUGGCUGGCUAUGAGCACGUCGUGCCGUCGCUGGAUGUGGGCCGCUACCUGUGUCACUUCAUCGACUACUGCUCCCUCGCAGAGUCCAGACGCACAGCUGCGACUGGCGGAAAGACCUUCUGGCUCUAUUCAUCCAUAUCCCUGGAGUGGACCACAUCAGCACUGAUGAAGUUACGGCAGUGCUGA